CAUCAACCACACACAGGCUCAUCAAUGACGUAUGACGCAUGCGCCAUAAACACUCCGGAACUCUCGACGGAACUUAUCUCCAGUCAAGAGUGAUCUUCUUUUUUUUCUUUUUUUUUAAUUUCAGGGAAAAGCAGCAAUGUGAAGAUUCGUUCUUGUUUUGGACACUUAUCACGUAUUUACGCGUUUUUUGACUUCGACUUCGAGAGCAGCGAGAGUGCCCGGAUGGACUGUCAUGGCCGCCCGUCGCUGUGGUUCCACAAUGAGGAGAAAAGGAAGGCAAAUGUUCCUCUUGUGUGUUUUUCUCGGCGUCGCCUUCUCUCUGUGAUGAUCGGCGUUGACCGUACCGAGCCUGGACAUCCUUCGGGUUUCUUAUAUUGCUGGAUUCCCACCUAUGGAUGAAGACCUUAAAAUAUCUCAGUAUUCUGCCAAGAAGUACAGCAUGUCAGUUGUAAGCGAUGUGAAGGACUGUAAAGGACAUUUCAAGGAGGGAGCACUCCAUAGUCCGAGCACUACAGAUGGACCAUCUGUCAAGCCAUACAGUUCCACCAGGAGAGCCAAUUACAAAAUUCAGCAAGGAGCUGUUUUUUCUGGAAACAUUUUGAGCUUUGGCUGCUCUGUGUGUAAAGAUGAUUCUACAUACAGUCCUAAUGAUUUACUAAAACAUUUCCAGGCGGUCCACAAUGGGAUGUUGCCUACUUACCCUUGUGAUCUGUGUUGCUUUGUCACACAUGAAUUUGCUGUCCUUCAACGCCAUCGCAUUGAGCACAAGAACACUUUAGUCACAUGUGAGCUCUGCUCUGAUGAUGUGCAAUAUUCUCUGCUGUUGCUAACGAGACAUUACAUCAUGUGUCACAGUCGCAAUGGAAAGUUUCACUGUGACUGGUGUGAGUUCACAACUGUGGAUGCUGGGACGUUUGUCCAGCACAUCCAUCAUCAUAACGAGAGUACCUGGAAAUGUUCCAAAUGUAGACAUGUUAGCCUGAAUGAAGCGGAUUACCAAAAGCAUCUAAAAGUGCACAAGAAGACGGUUCCCUGCAUUUGUCAAAUCUGUGGAUAUCGCGCAACAACAAUCAACCAUCUUAAAGGACACACCUCCACUUCUCACAAGGAAGCCUUAGAGCGAACAAAUCAUCGGAAGACUUCACAAGAUAGCGCCACUACUGUACAUUCUUCUCCAACCAGGAUAUCAAAGUUAUGUGGUCUUAACGGGAAUAGUACAAACAAACCAGAGAUUGUUGCUGGGUCACCAUGGACAGGGGACAACAACAAUUGUGGCAAAGCAUCUUUUACCGCAGAGAAACCCACGCAUGCAAUGCUGCAGCAAAAUGAGAGUUCAACAAGUUCAGACUGUGGAUCUCCAACCCGUCCUAAUGCUUUGACGGUAUUAAGGGUGAAGAAUAAGAUAUCUCUUCCCCCAAACUGUACGACAAAAAUGAUGGGAUUUAAGAUGGUUGAUGGGAAAAAACAUAUAGUUCUCAAAGUAAUACCAACAGCAAAGCAAGACAUGCCCAGUCAAGACAAUUCAUCAGUUGAAAGUUUGGACACAUCAGUUGUACAUUCUGCAUUUGAUAAAAGCGAAGUCUCGGCUGGUAAAACCUCAGCAUCACAUAGCUCGGCCAUUUUACCAAUAAGUGGAUCUUCCAUACCAACAGAAGACAUUGUGGCAGUUAAAGUUAAGGUUGAGGAUGAAGAAGCAUCCGUUUGCCCGUUUGAUCCUCCCCUUCACGGUGAAUAUGCAGGAAAACAAAGUAGUUUUACUGUAAAUGGUUCUUCAACAUCAAACCAUGAAGCAUCAUACCCAACUUCAAAUAAUGUAAAUCAUGUCGGCAGCCCAAAUUCCCAAAGAAAGACAGCUUGCUCCGACAUACACAUAUUAGACGGUAAGUCAACUUCUUGCACUAUAUCGAGAAGUGGCUUCAAAGCCUCUGAUACCUGUGCUGGCAAGUUCUCUGAUAGUCCGUCAAAUGUUUCUCAGGAGUUAUUGAAUGAUAAACCAACUUGCAUUCAUGCUGAUAAUAGUGGAGGUGCGGAUGAAAGUGGAAUUCCUCAGACGGGGAAUGAUACAUUUGUUGAGGAACGCAAAGACACCUCUUCCGAUAUUACAGUACAUUCCGACCAAUGUGCACCAAGCACUGUGAGUACCAGGACUAAAUACUGUAAUCAAAAUUGUGCAAAGCAAUUGGCAAAUUUGGCUAUGCCGUCAGAGACGUCGUCAUCUGCAAUAUUGGAAAGUGGCUCGCUCGCACAAAAUUCUCUAAACCACAAAGUAUUCGAUUUUCACAACUAUUCCAAAGAAGCCUGUAGUACCUCAAUCACCUCACGUCUGAGAAGUGGUAGCAUGUCUGAAGCUACAGCAGAGCAAGAAAUAAAUAGCCGAUCCUCUCAUUUCAGUUCUAGCUCGGCUGGGUCUUCAGCAACUUUAGAGGAUGGUCACUUUGGAGAAGAUGCUGAUGAUUCACCAUUUGGUGAUGAAAACUCAGAGUUGGUGCUAAAAGAUUUUAAUGUUAUAAAAAUUGAGGAGGAAAUCAUUCCCAUAUCUUCUGGAACAAAGGCUAGAUCAUCCACUUUGGGCGAAUUUGAGGGUCUCGAUGAGGAACAAGAUGAACCUUUUGUACGUAAUGAUUCCUCUGAACAAACACAAGCUACUCCACGAAUUGUUCACAUGCAAGAAUGCCAGCAGAAAGUGCAAAUGAAUGAUCAAUGUGCCAUGCCAAAGCAGCUUGGGGCCACUGCAGGUUUUAAGCUUAUUACUAAUUGUGUAAGUCCUCAAAUCAAUGUAUCAUAUAUGAAGUCUGGGCUUUCAACAUCAAACAAAUCUACUGGUGGGACGGUUCCCCCAAAAGGAAAAAGAAUAGGAACGUUAAUGGCAAGAGUUAAUGAAAGAGGUACAGCACUCAUUUCUGGUGUCAGCCCCUCUCCAAAUCAUUACCUCAUCAAUAGCCCCAUCCUUGCCAGUGCAGCACCUGAUAAUUCCACAGACAAAUUAGCUCACACUCAAUCCACUUGCUACUUGGUUCCAAGGUCAGUUCCAUUAGUUCAGGCCGCAAGAAGUUCGGCCCUCAAGCUGGCUAGUGCUAAACUCCCACUGAACCUCAAAUCUGUCCUGGCCAUGCAACCUAGUCAUUUGCAAAACGGUCACCAAGCAUUUUUGCUACGGUACGCCUCUCAGUCAAAGUCCAGAAUACUUGUCAAUAAUCAAGAGGCGAGUCAACCACACCAAACCAGUGAAAAAAACGGAAACAAAGUUAUAUUUAAAAUUGUCAGUCCAACAACUGGCCUUUUUAAAGGUGCCCCUUCCACAUCAAGUGGUCACCCUAUUUUUUUGGCCACCACACCGCCAAGUCAUUGUUUUCUUAUGUCUUCAAACAAAACAAACGCAAAUGCCUCAGACAGUCUACAAAACACCAUCAGCGAGCACAAUCUAUCAGAGAACACUGUCAAGGACGUACCCGCUCAGUUGACUGCAGGGGUACAACCAGGUGAAGCAGACAAGCCAAUACUAGCCCCAAGGCCAAUUAGACCUCCGAGUCAAAGAAAAAGGCGCAGGAAAACAUUAUUUGAUGAGCUUCCAACAACAGGGCAUAAGGCAAGAAGGCUUACCAACAAAGUACAGACUGAGAAAGACUCUAUGGUGUUGUGGAAUCCUCCAGCAAAAGCAGUUGAAAGAACCUUAAGACUCGCCCCAUUCAGCUGUCGACAGGAAAUCAAAUGCCCCCGUCGAGAUCAACCUGUUGUGGUGCUCAAUCAUCCAGAUGCUGACAUUCCCGAAGUGGCCAACAUUAUGAAGGUAGUUCACAGACAUGGGGGUGCUGUUGCAAAGGUAUCGCUGUCUCAGAAAACAAUGGACGCCCUAUCUGAGCUUAGCGCUCGGAGGAAAGGACCUCGACCAAUGAAAGGGAUCACCCGAGACCAGUUGAAAGUCUUGUCCGAGAACGUUUCCUCCUCAAACUGAAACUAAGGAAAAAAAGCAAAAAGAAAUAUGAAGUCAUGGAACGUUUAUCAGGUGGGAGACAACAAUCGGUGUUGUUUGACUGUUGGUUCUGUGGUCGCCUGUUCAACAGCCAGGAAGAUUGGAUCGGACAUGGUCAGCGACAUCUCA